AUGCGGCGGGACAAACCUACAGAGGGUGACGUGUUUCUUCACAACUUCGAGGAAUCGGAAACGGACGGAGAAGUGAUAAUACGAUACUCUUAUCUAUCUAUCUAUCUAUCUAUCUAUCUAUCUAUCUAUCUAAUCUCAUCUAUCUCAUCUCAUCUAUUUCAUCUAUCUACUCUGACUCAUCCGGCUGUCACAUCCAUCUAUCUAUCUAUCUAUCUAUCUAUCUAUCUAUCUAUCUAUCUAUGUCAUUUUUUCUCAUCUAAUCUAUCUCAUCUAUCUAAUCUGUCUCAUCUGUCUGUCUCAUCUAUCUAUCUAUCUAUCUAUCUAUCUAUCUAUCUAUCUCUAGUUUCUCUCUCUCUCUCUUUCUCUCUCUCUUUCUCUCUCUCUUUCUCUCACUUUGUAUCUCUCUGUCUGAAGAGUCUUUUUAGACGCCAUUUCUUUCGCUUCCUUAUAGCCCCUGCUGCGAAUGAGGUGAACCGAACCCGUUUGUUCAAAACGGAAGUUUUUAACAACUUCGAUUACAUAUGUCCCACCUCAGACGACGAGAGAGUCAGACCACCUCAGACGACAGAGAGAUCACCUCAGACCACCUCAGACCACGACAGAGAGCUCAGAUCACCUCAGACGACAGAGAGCUCAGACCACCUCAGACGACAGAGAGCUCAGAUCACCUCAGACGACAGAGAGCUCAGACCACCUCAGACGACAGAGAGCUCAGACCACCUCAGACGACAGAGAGCUCAGAUCACCUCAGACGACAGCAGUCACUCAGACAGGCAGUAA